AUGUUAAUACAGUUCAUUCCUAAGAUUCGUGGUUUUGCCGUAACGGAAAUCAACAUGCCUCAAUUCAUCCAAUACGCUGGAUAUAUUCCCUACAACCAAUCUCAAACCUGCGUAAUUCUAAGCCAAGUGCUAGCAGGUUUCUUCACCCAAUUUUAUCUCCGUAAUUAUCGACCAAAUAUCUUCAAAAACUAUUCGUACUUGAUUACUGGAGCUUGGGAUGGUGCGAGUUAUACCGUGCUUUUCAUUCUGAGUUUUGCAGUUUUUGGAGCCGGUGGAUUUGCGGCACCAUUCCCAUCAUGGUGGGGAAAUAAUAUUAAUGGUAAUUAUGAUCACUGUCCUAUUGCGGAGUAG